GUUUACAAACAUUUCGGAAUGGACAUUGAAGAUAACAUGACAAAUUUUUCUAAGAUGUUAAUUGUUCAGUUUAGUGAAUCUCCGUCCUCAAUGCCCUUAGUUCGAUAAUAAAGGUUCCUUUGACGCGAUCCAGCUCAAUGAUGACUUUAUUCUUCGAUUAUAAUAUUGCUGUCGAUCCAAAUAGUGUGCAUUCACAUGUUAGAUGGCAUCCGCAACACAGUCUAAUAGCAGUUAGUUCCUUCUCCGAGGAAACUGGUGGCAGUGUCACAAUUUGCAAUGAUUCCGGAGAAGUCUUUCAAGGAAUUAAUAAUGCUCAAGACAAGCACUCCAUAGUAUCGUCUCUAGCAUGGCAUCCGAACCAACGGUUGCUAGUCUCAGGAUGGGACAGUGGGCGAUUAAAAGUUUGGAACAAUGACGAUGAUUUUAUUUUGCUACCCUCGCCCCACUCCAGUCCGAUUCUGGUGUUGGAGUUCUCACACUUCGGAAGUCGAAUGAUCACAGUGGAUGCUGCUGGGUUAAUUGUGGUGUGGAAGUUCGAUGGAACAGGUCUGCCUGUGAAGUCAUUUGAGAGUCAUAUCAAGGGCUCAGGCACACAAGCAGCAUUCUGUCACAACCAUCAAAGCCACUAUGAUGUUGGUCAUUUGGCUAAAAUGGCAGUUGCAGGAGAUGAAACAGCACUCGACAUGUUCAGCUCAUGGCGACCAAAAACCGCUUCUAAGCCGGUCAUCGCACAUUCAGACAACACCUGCGUUUUUGUUGGCAGUGAUGCUGGUCAAGUAAUAUACAUCAAUGAGGAUGGCACCAGUAAAGAAGUUCUAGCAACUGAUACUGGAGUGAAACGUUUACUGCACCAUGAGCGGAAAGAUGCCCUGGUCAUGUGUAGUGGUGACAGUAUUUUCAGUUACUUUUCUGUUGAUCUCGAUGGCACUCUCACUGAAAUUAGCCAGGUCAAGCUGAAUAAUGUGAACAGUGAUUGUGUUGCUAUUUGGGCGGGAACUGGAUUGCUAGCGUGUACUUCCCUCGAUUUUUCGAUCAGAUUUUGGCAUGUUGAUACGGGUGACAGUUACUCUCUUUCAGUUCAAGAGCUGACCAAUAGUGCUAAUGUAACAAAACAAAUCUUCACAUCAAUUGAUUACCUUCCACAAAAAGGUUUGUUAUGUGGAGCCACAAACAUGGGCAACGUAAUUUUCUGGCGGUUUUUGAACAAAGUAGAUUCACUGACAGCAAAUUGCUGGGAAGAAAUCGCCAACAGCAAAAUCAAGUCCAGUGUGAAAUCUUGCUGUUGGGGGCCUACUCACCUGGCUGUAAGUACGUUGAACAUGGUAUUCAUUCUCAAAGAGCAUAAACUUUCCGUCUUUUACAAUCAAAAGUUUUCAGGUUUGCAAACCUCCGCCUCUCAGAUUCUACUAAAAAACAACAAAACCAACGACUUCACUGACCUCAGCACAGACUUGAAAAUCAUGGGACUAGCAAUUGGCGAUGAGUACAUUGUUGUUUGGAGUAACAAAACGGUUGCGGUUUACCAAUCAAGCAUUAUCACGGAAAUUAAUGUCAUUGGGACCUUUACGUGUGAAGUUGAAACUGCUUUUAUCAAAGGACAAGACUUGAUUGUUUUAAACAGUGCCAACAAGAUCUUAGUCUACACUUUUCAAGGAACGAUCAAAGCAAACAUUGAGUGUAACGGCCAGCCAAUCAGUAUCGAUUUGAAUAAUGAAUUUUUAGUGGUGUGCACAAUUACUGGUUUUCUAUAUGUUUGGGAUCUAUCUCGUAGAGAGCCCAAGCUACGCUGUAAACCUAAAGAUUUGUCCGAAAGCAUCUCAGACUUCGGAGAAGUUAUGUCUGCUAAGUCAAACAUCAACGGCUCAAAAGUCUCAAUCACUAUCGCAAAAGCAAACCUAUUGCCGUCUCCAGAGCUGUUUGUAUACGUAAUUGACAGUGAUACUAUUUUAUCUCACAGUUUUUGUGAGAGCAGUGAAAGUAGUGAUCAAAAUGAACCCUCCGCCCGCUACAUUAUAUCGCAUCAUUGGGAUUGCAACGAAUCAAAGUUAUUGGUUUGCGAAACAAAACAAGCCAAAAAUUUACCUUCUAAUUCAAAAUCAUGGUCAAAAAAAAUCAAAGCGUCGCAAGCCCACUCACCCUCCAAAAUUCACAGAAAUAGCAGUACUCAUUCGGUUAAACUUAUAAAUCUUUUUGUAUCGCCUGACCAUGGGAUUGUCACACAAGAUCAAGUCACCAUGUCUGAAUCGUUCAUUUCACUGCUGGCGGUGGACUCUCCAAAUUAUAUCAUUCUACAAAAGCCAUCAGCCUCGCAGAAAGUAAAGAUAGAAAAUUUGUUGAUGAAAGAUUUCAGCGGCUGCAGUAGCUGCCCCGAAGAGACACGGAAAGCCAUCCUGAAUUUCGGUUUCUAUCUGUGCAUCAACGAUAUGGACAAUGCUUUCAAAUCCAUCGCCAACGUCAAAAGUGUGGCGGUAUGGACUAGUCUUGCAAGAAUGUGUGUCAAGUCUCAACGACUAGAUGUGGCGAAAGUUUGUUUAGGUAAUAUGCAUGAUGCAAGAGGCGUGCUUAUGCUUCGAAAUGCGGAGAAAGAACCAGAAAUAGAAGCGAGAACUGCUGCUCUAGCCAUUCACUUAGGAAUGAGGGAAGAAGCAGAACUCCUUUAUCGUAAAUGUGGGCGUUAUGAUUUACUAAAUCAACUUUAUCGGUCAAGUGACCAAUGGGAGAAAGCAAUCAAGAUUGCCGAGGAAAAAGACCGAAUUCACCUUAGAAAUACAUAUCAUAACUAUGCAAAGUAUCUAGAAUCAAAAAAUGAUCUCACCGGCGCAGCUCAGAUGUAUGAGAAAGCUCAAACCCACCGCACCCAAGUUCCUCGGAUGCUGCUGGACGAUCCAUUGGCAUUGGAACGUUAUAUUUUACAAUCUAAAGAUCCAGCACUCAUAAAGUGGUGGGCUCAGUAUAUUGAAAGCACGGGAGACAUGAAUCGGGCCAUGAAGUAUUACGAAGAUGCCCAAGACUAUUACUCUAUGGUUCGAAUACAUUGCUUCACAGAAAAUUUCGAUAAAGCAGCCAAUAUUGCCAAUAAAUCAGGCAAUAAAGCAGCGUGUUACCAUCUGGCACGGCAAUACGAGAAUAUGGGUCAGAUCCAAGAAGCUAUUCACUUUUUCACUGGAGCGACCGCUUACGGAAACGCCAUCCGUUUAUGCAAAGAUCAAGGCAUGGACGAAAAUUUAUGGACUUUGGCACUGAGCGCCGGCAACCGAGAAAAGAUCGAGGCAGCAAGAUACUUAGAAAACGUUAACUCUGAAAAAGCCAUUCUUCUCUACCAGAAAGCAGGCCUCAUCCAUCGGGCCAUCGAUCUUGCUUUCAAACACCAAAAUUUCAGUGUAAUUCAGUCGAUCACGGAGGAACUGAACGUGAAUUCAGAUAUAGAUUUAAUUUUAAAAUGUGCAAAGUUUCUCUUAGAAAAUGAGCAUUAUGAUAAGGCGGUGUAUUUAUUGGGUUUGGCCAAAGAGUUUGAUGAUGCAAUUCGAUUAUGCUUCGAAAAGAACAUCACCGUCACAGACGAGCUUGCCGAGAGACUAACCCCGCCCACCGAUCACCCGGACAAGCUUCGGUAUUUGGAAUUGUUGGGUGAAUGCGCUGUGCGGCAAGGUAAUUAUCACGUCGCCACCAAAAAGUUCACUCAAGCUGGAAACAAAAUAAAAGCCAUAAAAGCACUCCUGAAGUCUGGUGAUACGGACAAAAUCAUAUUUUUUGCCAACGUCUCUCGACAGAAGGAGAUCUAUAUUAUGGCAGCGAAUUAUCUCCAAACCUUAGACUGGCAGUCAAAACCGGAGCUGCUGAAGAAUAUCAUAACCUUGUAUACAAAAGCGAAAGCACACGAUCUCCUCGCCAAUUUCUAUGUUGCAUGCGCUCAGGUAGAAAUCGAUGAAUAUGGAAAUUACGAGAAAGCCCUGGGUGCCUUAAAUGAGGCUUCGCGAUUUUUGGUUAAGGAGAAGGAAAAGUAUAGCCAUAUUAUUGAUAGUGUUGCCAUAAAAAUUUCUCAAGUAAAAAAAUUCAUCGAUAUCAAGAGGUUGUUUGAACGAGGGGAUAGUGAAGCAGGUAUUGCUCAGUGCAAAUCUCUUCUCAACGCUGGUUCUGAUCUAGUUCGUUCGGGAGACAUCUACUCGGUGAUGAUCGAAUAUGCAGCGAAGAAGAACGACUGGAAAACGGCUCUUCAUUUGGCUCAAGAGCUGAAGAAACUGCAGCCGAACGACAAUCUAUCAUAUUAUAUACCCAAAGAUAUUCUGGUGCAUUUGGGAAUGCAUGCGGAGCGGUCUAUUGAUUCUCCGCCAGAGGACAACAUCGAGGAAGACCUACCGCAAAUAGCUGCAGUUUGAAGAUUUUUUAUCCAUGGCUGUUCAUUGUUAUUUUUACUAUUUUGUUGAAAAAAUCAGUACAACGAAUGUUUUAAUCGUACAAGGAACCUAUGCUGAUAAGGUGAUUAUCCAUUUUUUUUUUUAAAAAUAAUGAUUGAUUCCGUCCACAAAUUAGUAACGCAACUGUGAUCUUUUUUAGCUCUUAUUUUAUACUAUUUAUUUUGCUCACUUAUUUGUGAUAUUGAUCUCAAAAGCAAAGGUAAGCCUUUUUCAGCAUCACAAACUGCGCUUUGAAUGAAUUUCCUGCUCUCUUAUUUUAAAGUCUGUGCAAAUAUAUUAGACACGGUUUUUAAAAGGGAAUCAGAGUGAAUUGCAACAUCAUAUGCUGGCGCAGACCUGCCUACCCUGAACUGGACACGGGACAUUACGACACUGAAACCACCAGACCAGGUAUCUCAUUUGCAAUGUUUAAAAAUCUCCAAUCCCAUUUUUUUUUUUUUUUGAAGGGAACCAAACAAAUCAAUAUCAUACCUUGAAGUUUCCUCAGUUUUCUUUGCAUAGAGAAACAAAAUCCUGGAAGUUGUCAAGAAUUGACAUUGAGUAGUUUUCCAUUUAAAAAAUAGAGGACGACAGGAAAUCUGCAGUGUUGCAAACCAAGAUACAUGGUCUGGUAGUUUCGUUGUUCAUUAUCAUCCUGUUUCUCUGCCCAGUCCAACAUUCUUGGUGCAUGCGUUGUCAACUUGUCUUGUUGCUUACCAGCAGAUAAAAAUUCGCCCACACCUUUUUUUACUCUCAUCAAACGUGUGAUUACUCCUACAGAUUCGAAUUGAGCUCGCAAUUCAAAUGAAAAGAAUAUAGAAAAAAAUAUUAUGAGCAAGUAUAAUGGUCAGCAAAUGAUUAAAUAACUGCAAUAUCUUUUGUUCCAUAAUUUAUUCAAUAAUUUUCUUAAUGUCCAUUAUAUUUACUUGUGUUGAAAUAUAUUUUUCCUCUAUGCUGCGAGCUCAAUCAAAAAAAAUAUUCACACUUUUGAUAAGAGCAAAAAAGUCGUAGGAAAAUUAGCUUUGAUCAGUAAGCGAGGAGACAAGUUCACAAGGGAUACUCCAGGGUUGUCGGAGAGGGUGAAGUAAAAAUGGACGUAUUUCUGCCAAACAGAACUAUGCGCAUUAUGACAAGAGCCUUUUUAUGCAUAUAUUCUUAUGGGUCUCAGGGUUUGUGUCUUAUUUCACAUAGUUCCUUAUGGCAGAGAUACGUCCAAAUGAGACAAUGGCCCAAUAUACCGGGUUCUGGGCAGGGUUAUCCCUGCCAGCAUCAGAUGUUGCCAUCUUAGGUGUUUAAGAAAAUGCCCUUUUUAAAACAGUGUCCAAUCUAUUUACACUGAUCAUAGGAUGAAUUGUAGGAUUUGCAAGCGAAGCGGAAUACGGAAAGCAGUUUCCUUUGUCAGAGAUGCAGAUGAAAAUUUUUUGAGAAAAGUAAUUUUGAGGGAAAUGUGCAUUUGUGAGGUGUGAUAUCUGUAAAUGCCUCAUAUCUUUUCUGGUCAUGUUCAAUCGAGUUUUAAAGCUACACGUGUCAUUUUUUGGGUAAUUUAUGAGUAUUUCAUGUCAAUUAAACAUAUCAGUUUAGUAAUAA